AUGCCACCAGCGAAAAAUUCAGCUGCCAAGGCGGCGAGAACGAAUCGCCAUGAUGACUUGGACAAUUACCAUGUUGGGGACCUCUCCGACGACCCGUUUGCGACGCCCAGCCCGCCGUCCAAGAACAAGCGCAAAACCGAUGAUGCCGGGCUAGGUAUCGACGAGGAGGUGGACGUGCAAAGAAAACCCAGAGCGCCGGCUGUGAAACUUGACGAGAACAGGCUUUUGAGUGAAGCCGGCCUCCCAAGACUACGGAAACGGUCCAAUCGACUUAAGAUCAAGGGCAAAGGCCACGAGUUCUCCGACAUGGCGCGCCUUCUUUCCUUCUACCAGCUCUGGCUGGACGACCUCUACCCCAAAGCCCGGUUCCUCGAUGCCCUCGCCAUGGUGGAAAAAGCGGGACACAGCAAGCGCAUGAUGACUGCGCGCAACGAAUGGCUCCAGGAGAGCAAGCCCAAAUCCAGUGAAGACAUGGAAGAAGACGAUCCGUUUGCCCUCGAGCCUGCUCCCGACACGACCGCCGCCGUCAGCCUGCCCGAGCGCCCGACCGCCGGCCGGCUGAUCCAGGACCUCGGAGGAGGCGGCCAGCGACCCAGCACGCCGACGCGCGGCGGCGGCCACCCCGACGAUUUUUCCGAAGACGACGACCUGUACAACGUGACGCCGCGCGCGCGACCGCGGCCCGGCGGCCUCACGAUGCUGCAGCCGGACGCACCCGACGACGACGAUCUGGAUGCGCUCAUGGCCGAGGCCGAGGAGCACGAUGACAGACCGCCGGCGCCGGCCAGGAAGGCCGCGCAGCGACCGCAGGAGGAUGGCGAUGACUUGGACGACUUGAUUGCAGAGGCGGAGGAGCAGGACGUGCGGCCAAAGAGUAUUUUUGGGAACCCGAGCGCGAGCAAGCCGGUGGAGAUGGACUGGGAUGACGACGAGGCGGCGAUGCGAGAGAUGGAGGGAUUUUGA